CUAGAUUUCAUUAAUUCGGGAGAUUUAGUUGAGGGGAAGGUUUAUUUUUUUCCCUUUUGAUCUAAAUACUUUUGUUGAUUUAACAAUAAAGCGCCCCUCAACCUAUACGUGCCCAGUCGGUGCUUCCCCGCCCACCGACGCAUCGUCCCUUUAACUCAAAAAGAGUUCUCGUUUUCCUCCGGCCCCUUUCCGCUACGAAAAGGCAGCUUAAUUGGGGCGGCCAGGUUUUAACCACAUCGGGCAGGGACGGAAGUGGAAGAACUGCAGGGAGUUCGGAUUUGGUGCCGGAAACCAAAGGCCUCGUGAUUGCAAUAAGGAAUUCGGCGCUGGGUUACUUCUGAGCUGCGGAGGGGCUGGCGGAUUCCCUUGGGUGUUUCAUUGCGGAAGAAACGACUAGAGCGAGCCGGAGGAGCCUGGCGUUUGGCCUGUUCCGGGAGAGCGAAGGCGCCUAGGAACAGCGACGCACCCUCUGAGCCCGAGUAGCUCAAGCGGAAUUCCGCGCUCGUGUGAACGAGAGAGAGAGAGAAAAGAGGGCAACGCAGACUUUCCGGCGUAUGAGAGUUGGAGCCCGGAACCGUAAGGGGCCAUGGGAAUAGUGAGCUGGGCGCGGCAUCGUGGAAAGAGCGGGGUUUGAAAGCUGCGGCUGAGGCUACUGAAAAGCGAAUGGGGGUUAAAGGCUGGAGGGAAAGGCGUGGAAUUGCUUAUACGCCUUUCUGGGGAGGGAAAAAGAAGCGCGCAACAACGCAGAUCCAGGAGCGCUAAGAAUCUGUCGGGAGACUUGCGAGGGCCAAGUUUCCCUCUCCGCUGCAAGAAGCCGGAAUAAAAUAACCUCGGUGGGUCGGUGAAGUUUGGCCUAGUACAGCUCGUCAGACUUUUGCCCGGCCGGCCCUAUGUGAUUGGCGGCCGCUCGGGACGUCCCGAAAUGAAGGGAGCGGUGGAACUUCGGCUGGUCUCGGACUGGAAUGACUAUGCUCGAGGCCGCUGGCUGCGGGAGCUGCUGGAUCAGCGUCGUUCCGGGGAACCUCCCAGCCGCGUCCUAACCAGCCCCGACAAGCAUCAUCUGCUUCUCCUGUGGAACCAGCCGGCCUCCCAGCCUCGACUGGUGGCUUUUCAGCGCCUGGGGCUGGAUGGAGGAGACCUGGAGAAGAUCUGGAAGCCGCCUCAGCCCCCAGUGGUGGAGCUGCUUUUUCUGGAGAGCCCUACUGCCACUGUCCCCUGGGUGUUGGCUGUCAUUUGGGAGCAAGGCAGGACUGAAGUCUGGCGCUUUGUGCCCAACGCCGGAUGGCACUUGCUGCAGAGCCUGGAACUGUGCCAUGGAGCCCGUGCUCGGAUUGUCUCCAUUUGCAGCUUGGGGGACCAGCUUGUGUGGUGUGAAGAGAGGCCUCCUUUGGAUGCUCAGCCGACUCCUGAGAGAAGAGCUUUCCAGUAUUGUAUUUGUGUCCGAGGCUUUCAGGUUGGAGAGCAGGGAGUCCAGCUGAGCCCUCUCAGGGUUAUCUUGCACAAUAGCCCUGUUUACCAAGUCUUGGCCAAACCCUCUGGAGUCUUCCUUGUCCCCACCCCAGCCACCUUCCCAAGGAUAGCCAAGUUUGUCCUCAUCUGGCGACCUGAAAUGGCUGAUAUUGUUAUUGCUGCGCCGCACGGUCUCUGUGUAUCCAUAAAGGCCUCGCCUGCAGGCAGCGAUAUGGACUUCAAAAAGCUAGUGCUGAGUUACGUGGGAUUCUUGGAAUCCAUGAAAAAUUUGGCUGUUCACAGCUGUGCCCUAUCCAGUUGUGGGGAACUGCUCUUGAUCAUGCGAACAGGCACCAUCCAGGGAGUCCAACCUAAUGGUGUGUGGCGACCUGUCUUUGACUUGGCAGGAGAAAUGUUGUCUUCAGGAGAACAGGUCCAACUAAAGGUAUUUGGGGACCUCCUGGCUUGCUUGCUGAAGGAUACUCUUUAUCUUGUGGAUUUGAACAGCAGAGAGCUGAUAGAAAACAAAGCCCUGAGCACUGAAAGAGUACACUUUUUGGACUCUCCUACCAUAGACGAAGAAAUCCAGCUCCUUGCUCAGGAUGGUAUUUACACACUUGACUUCUCAGACUCAGAUCAAGGCCGCCAGUCUGAAUCCAACCUGGUUCAGUUGGUGUUUGAAGAAGCCUGCAAAUACUAUCAAAGACGGAGUCUCAGUAGUUCCCAACUGACUGUGGAGAAACUGAAGAAGGGGGGCAUGUUUCAGGCUCCUGUUGCACUGUCUUCCAUCCUGGGCCAUAGUCUUGAUCCCAAAGGAAAAAAGCUCAGGGCCCUCCCAGAAUCUUAUACCAAGCUCUUGGGCACAAUGCAAUUAGAACUGCAGAACUAUCAAGAUCUGGAGUUCCUCAAGUUGCAUGUGGUUCAAGCUUCAGAAAGUGAGGUCAAGAGCUAUGGUGAAGCCCUGGUGGAGCAAGAACUUAGCCGCCUUCUACACUUGGACUUGAACAGAGAGAACUUGGCCUACCUGAAUGUCAUAUUCACUGCCUUCCCUGGGGCUUUCUGGAAAGCUAUCCAGAACCAUCUCCAGCUACAAGAGAAUGGGGAUGGCAUUUUGGUAGCUAGAGCCACUCCAGAUGUAUGGAAAAAAAUCCUGGGGGGAGCUGCUCCUAGUCCAACUAAGCAAGAAGAAAGCCCUCCAAAUGGACUAUUCCCCUUCUUUGAACUUGUCUGUCUUUCACUUCUCGAGUUCAAGCCUAAAUGGUUGCCUCACUUUGUGGAGCUCUCCCAACAAUAUUUGGGUGUAUCGUGGACUUAUAAAAGCAAAGAAGGGCCUGAGGGCAGUGUGCCUCUGUAUAAGAGAGCACUGGCUGUACUACCAAGGUGUGCUAGAUGUCCAGUAGCAGAUGGAGAAAUGGAAAUUGAGCUCUUGCUCUGUAGCCAGAGGCCCAAAGCCAUCCUCCAAGCCAUGGAACUUCUUAUCCAAUGUGGGAGAUGGCAGCAUGUGAUGGAGACAGCAGAGAAAUUCUCCUUGUUGAGCCCUUUGCUAAACAAAGAGAUUUUUAUUAAUCUCCUGGGGGAGUUUUCCCGGCACCGGGCACUGGAUCCGUAUUUGGACAAGUUGUGGGAGCUCUGCCCGGCAGAUAUGAGUGCUGCUGAUGUCCUGAGCAUUAUUCAACGACACCUAGCAUCAGUAGAGCACAACCCAUUUCCUUUUGCACAAGAUGGAUCAUCCCAACUUACUAUUGCCCUGCUCAAACCACUGUUGUACAGACUGGCACAAAGUGAAACAUCCCAGAAUGAAAUUUUUGGACAUGUCUUACAGGUCUCGUCCUUUCCCCCACCAACACCACCCAGGAACCAUCAGUCUCUUCCGAAAGCAGAUUCCCAGGAAAAUCUAACCUUCUUUCAAAACCAAACAUAGUUUUUUAUUGUCUCAGGAUUAGAAAAAGCAACAUGGUAUUUAAAAAUGGUUCUGCAAAACCAGGACCUGCAGUCUUUAUAUUCCAUCUAGCUAAAGUGGGAAGUUAAAUCACAGAAUCAUGUAUUGUCAAUGACUUUGUUUGGAACAGUGUAGAGCUUCUAGGAAGGAUUGGAAACAUUUUAUAUCUUUAAACUAGGGUAAAUAAAGGCAUCUCUUCCCUAACCUUUCAGAUAUAUUGGGAUCAUAAUUCUCAAAAUGAGAAUUCUGGAUUGUAGAGUAUUUUGGCAAUCUGGAGGACAUCAGUUGGGGAUAGCUGCAUAUCAAAAUAAUUGUUUCAGUAAAAUUUGAAAUGUUACUACUGAUGUACUCCUGUCCCUUCAUGAAUGGGACUGUUUGACAUUGAUAACAUGCCAGUCUGCAUUCAUCAACUCUAUUUGUAUAUGAUUUUCACUGAGAAGUAGCAAUGUUCUUUUGUACUCAGAAGUAGUCUUCCUCCAAGGCUGUUAUGUGGAUAAGAGGUUGAUUAUUAUAGUCUAAGGCAGGGGUGCCAAACUCGGGUCAUCACAGUGGCGUCAUAGUGAGACUUUUUCCCCCUUCGGUAAAUCGGAUGUGGGCUUGGCCAGUGCCUGACACAUCCAGGCUGCCGGUUUGACAGCCCUGGUCUAAAGCAUCUGAAGAAAUCAGGUUGGAGAAGAUUUCUCUAAACACUUAUUUUGUGAGGAGAGAAAACAUUCUUGAUAUUAAGUCUAAAAGUUUCAUUUACCAGCCUUACUUCAUCCUUUUGAAACUCCCUAAAUGUAAUCAUCAGCUGCUGUUUCUCUGAAAAUAAUUACUCCAGGUGUAUCACAGAUUUAAGCAAUAUUUAUCUUAAGCAGGGGAAGUCCCGCUGUUUUGACUGUCUUUAUCUAUGCACACCUUUGUCCUCUGUAGGGCCUUUAUUUUUUGCUUUUUAGAGAAGUGGAAAAGAUUCAUUAUAAUAAUUUAUGCUAUAUUUCUUUGUAAGAAAGUAUAAUUCUUCUAAUGCUGCAUUUCAUAUUUAAGCAAAUUCUUCUUUGCUUUAAAAUGUUUCAAUGACUUGAAACAAAGUGCUAUUAUAAUAUAACUCCUGACAAUGUUUUAUUAGUCCAUUCUUUUUUCUAUUUAAGUAAAAAUAGCCCUCUCUAUCAGGGAUAGAGACCUUUUGUCUUCCAAACAUUGCUAUGCUGCAAUUUCUGGCAUCCUUCAUGUCCUACAUGUAUAAUGAUAGGGUCUUUUUCUAUAUAGAUUUAAGAAAAAUAGAGGAAUCCUUAGGUCAGGAGUAUCCAAACUUGGGAACUUUAAGACUUGUGGACUUCAACUCCCAGAAUUCCUCAGCCAGGCUGGCUGGGGAAUUCUGGGAGUUGAAGUCCACAAGUCUUAAAGUUCCCAAGUUUGGACACCCCUGCCUUAAGUGAUCUAACCAUGAAUAUUUUUACAAUGUGUAGGUGGUGAUACAGCAUUGUUUUAAUUCUCACGAAACUGACAGGAUCAUUUUAAAAAUGAAUAUUUUCCCUGAUGUGAUCCAAAAAGGAGGUCGCUUGUUGAAUAAAAGCAAGGGCUAUCCUACUUCAGUUCUCUGUUUUAUAAUGGUUUUAACAGCUGCUUUGCUGCCAACUUUUGAUUUAAAAGCCAAUGGGAUACAUGUGAAAACUGUUAAGAGGUGGAGAAUCUGAAGCCCUCACAAAAUUGCUGAAAUCUUUGGAAUCCCAAGCAGUUUGAUUAAGGCUCAGAAAUGUUAGAAAUUAAGAAGGGUCAUAGGUUCUCCAUCCAUUUUGAAAAUAUGGCUGUGAGCAGGUACUUUGUCUACUGUUUGUUUAUGCUGUAAUUCUGUUGCCCGUCCUACAGUUUGGAAAGUUUUCUUAGUGAUUGUUUAGCAGGAAAAGGCUCUCUGGUUACACAGGACCCUGCCCUGAUAUCUGAGAAACAUGAACGAAAGCUAAUGUAUCUAUUAACUAGGCUUGAGUGUUCUUCAUUGCCUUGGCGAUCUGGGGGUUUUCGUGUAGAGCAAAUAUUUUUCUUUCCAGCUCUGAGCUUCCACUUUCUGGAGUAAAAGAUAGACAUGUAGGGAAACUCAAGAGCUACUCUUAAGUCUCCCUUUAGAAGCAAACAAGGGAGGUGUAGAUGAUGAAAGAACACAAAACAUACUUUUGCUUUCUAUAGGUGACAUUCUUCAAAAACUUCCAAGCUUCCUCAUUCCAGAGGCAUUUUAAAGUUAUUUUUUAAGAGUUGAAAAUUACUGUAAAUGCCCCUCUUGAUUAUAAAGAGGCAAGGUUCUUUCUACUCAGCAAACAAAUGGAUUCUUUGCUAGUGCUGGACUUCAAACAGAGGUUGGAUGUUUGUUCUCGUGAAGUAGGGAUGAAAGAGUAAGCAACAUUAAGAUUUGCCUGGAUGCUUUCUGCCAUGCCUGUCUUGAGUAUCUCCAGCACUCACAAAUACCAGCUGGCCUGCAUGCAUUUGCACACCAAAAACCAGAAGAGCAGCUGGCAAAGCCACGCGUGCCCACAGGGAGGCCUCUGCCUGCCACCUCUGGCAUAUAUGCCAUAGAUUCGCCAUCAUGGUUCUAUAGUAUUUUGGUUCAUUCAAUCUGAAUCUCUUGUGAAUGGGGACUAACACUAGUAGAUAAUUCAUAGUCUGACCUGGAAGCACGUCAGCUAAGAAAACAAAUCACGUCUGGGAAGAAAAAUUACAGCAAGCAAACUGCUACCAGUUUCUCUUUGUCUAUUGAGUCAUAGCGGAAGAGCUGUGAUCUUAACUUCCCAGCUUUUAUAAAACUGGGAAUAUGCCUGCCUUUAGAUUAUUCAACUGGAAUGUUCAGAGAAGAAUAGAUUAAGACUGAAUUCAAAUAUUAUUAAGAGAUAAUGAAUUCACCUAAGUUGUCUUUCAUAAUAUGAUGGGAGGGGAGUUGGAUGUGAGUGCAAAACAUCAAGAGGACAAGUAAUUGUAUCUUAGUUGGGUAAGCCUAUAGUUAUUAAUUUGAUGGAAUAGCUCUCUUGGUGAAUGUUCUGGCUUGGUCAGCCAUUGAAUUUUGAGGCAGGUAUUCCUGUUGAAUAAGCAUUUGUCACACCAUUGCAAAAAUACAUCAAAAUUAUAUUUAAUAGCAGCAUUUGAAAUUAUAGUUUCAUUUUAUUAAUUAAAAAUGUUUUGAGUCCAACAAAACAUAGCUUCCUGACCAUCUCAGAUUUCUUUCUUAUACUGUAGUAGCCAGGGGCAGCCAGCUGGUUUUCAAGCAAGGUCCAAAACUGGUUUCAUGGUGAUUUGUUCUUGAUUUAUGAUAAUAUUUAACGUUGCAGUUCCAUUAACAGCAAGAUGGCAUGUUUUGUGGGCCUCAUUCUUGGGGAACAGAAAUUUAUAAAUGCUAAGUAUCCAAGGCCUACCUCAAAUCCUAUAAAAGCCAUGAAAAAUGUAAUUUCCUUGAAUUUACAAAUGAAAGACAAGCAACACGCAAUAAAAAUAAUUAUAUUCAUUCAAAUGAGAAGCAAAACCAGAUUCAAGUAUCUUUCUUGGUAAAGUGAGGAUCAAUGAAAAUAAGAUAAUUUAAAUAAGAGGCUGCUAGGAACAAUUACUGUCAGUGAUAGCAUAACAAUCAUCUUGAAUUUCUCCCCGUAUAUUGUAGGCUUUCAUAAAGCCCUUAGAAAAGAAAGAAAUGGAGUUAUGGAUAAUUUGCUAGGAGAAAGUCAGUGUUGAUAUCCUAGCAGUGAGUGAGUAAAAGUGAGAAUGUGUACUGUACAUUAAACUAUGACUGCAUGUUCGUUGCUCUGAAAAUGUGCAAAUAUGAGCCACUCCCCCACCCCCAAUAUCUGGGUGAAAUAAGAAAAUGUUAUAUUUUAUGUAAAGUUUUCAUUUUUCCUUGAUUACUGUUGCUUUAAAGUCAUUCUUUACACAUUCUAAAAGCUAAUUUAGAAGCAGAAGGAAAAACAAUGUUCCUAUUGCUGUUUCUGGAGCAAGAAAAAUGUAAUGCAAAAGGUGGAAAGCACAUAAAAAGGUUUCUGUUACUGUGCUGGGAAUCUGAUUUAAAUUUUAUUAUAAAUACAAAUUAAAUUCUUUAAAAGUUUUAUAUGCAAAUUGAACAAUAAAAAGUCAAGUAACAAAAGAUA